AUGAACAAGUAUCGAUUUUCUUCUCGACGGACACCAUCAUUUUCUUCCUCCUCCUCAUCAUCCUUCUCCUCGUGUUCUUCAUCUUUUUUAUCAUCGUCAUCCUGUAAUCCUGAUCAUCAUGAUUCUUCUCCUCUUAGUCUGGCCACUCCACUUCGAUUUUCCGGCGUCCCAUUUUCUUGGGAACAUUUUCCCGGAAUCCCAAAGAAACUAAACAGCAGCAAGAAGGAAUUAUAUUCCUCAUUGAAGCGUCUCCCACUGCCUCCUCCCACCACUACUACUACAAGUACACAAAAGCCCUCGAAAAAGUUCAUCUUGGAUAACAUUGGGGUCAAUGUGAGGCACAAAAACCCUAAGGGACAUUCUAGUGAUUUCGCAAAGGAUCCUUUCUUUGCUGCAUUGGUUGAGUGUUCUAAAGAUGCUCAUGAUGACGAUGAUGAAGAAGAAGAAGAAGAAUCAAAUGCUAGCUUUUCAAGUGGUGCCAAGGUCUCAAGGAGUUCAAGUGAGAGGUUCGGAUUUGUCAAUCUUUAUACAUCUUGUAAGAGAACUUGUGCUGUUUCUGAAUCCAUCAUACAUCUUCCAAGGCCAAGUAGAACUUCUUAUGAUCUGAUCAAUCGCCUAUCCCGAUAA